UUAGUGGUUCAAGUGUGACUGGUUUAGUGGCGAGACCGGCUCACAUAACACGCCUGCGCCAUCUGUUCGGAAGGCGUGGCUGCGGCCACUGCUGCCUGUUUCUUUGGAUUUCUUUCCUGUGAAGGAAAGGCUGUAACUGGGAAGGCAGACAGAGGUCCACAGCUACAAGCAAAGAGUUCCUGGGAGUCAGGGCGUCUUCUCUUAGGCCACUCAGCCAGCCCGCCAAUCCAGAUUGUCCUGAAGGGCAUGAGCAGCCGGGUGCUGAUCAUGUCAGAGGGCACCACAGAGCCCCUGGUGGGGUCCAGCACCCUCUGGAAGGACCUCAGGGUGCUCCUGCCUGACACAGAGGAGGAGCUGAAGCUGGACCUCGGUGAGAAGGUGGACAGGAGCGUGGCUGCGCUGCUGCAGCAGGCUGUGGGUCUAUUCUACGCGGGCCAUUGGCAGGGGUGCCUGCAGGCCAGCGAGGCCGUCCUAGACUACUCCUGGGAAAAGCUCAACACUGGUCCCUGGAGAGAUGUAGACAAGGAAUGGCGCCGGGUGUAUUCCUUCGGCUGCCUCCUGAAGGCCCUGUGCCUGUGCCAGGCACCACAGAAGGUCACUGCUGUAGCGGAAGCACUGCGGGUGUGUGACAUGGGCCUGUUGAUGGGGGCAUCCAUCCUUGGGGACAUCCUUCUCAAAGUAGUUGCAGUCCUCCAGACACACCAGCUCCCAGGAAAGCAGCCUGCCUGUGGCCCCCACCAGGAUCAGCCCGCCACCAAGAAGGCAAAGCGUGACGCCAGCCCAGCCCCCGAUGUCGUGUUAGAGCGGGUGGUACCCAGGCUCCGCUGCCCACCUCUGCAGUCCUUCAAGAAGCAUUUUCUAGUUCCCGGGAGGCCUGUGAUCUUGGAAGGUGUGGCUGACCACUGGCCUUGCAUGAAGAAGUGGAGUCUACAGUACAUCCAGGAGAUUGCUGGCUGCCGCACUGUCCCCGUGGAAGUGGGUUCAAGGUACACAGAUGAAGACUGGUCCCAGACUCUCAUGACAGUCAAUGAGUUCAUCCAGAAGUACAUCCUGAACGAGGCAAAGGAUGUCGGGUACCUUGCUCAGCACCAGCUCUUUGACCAGAUCCCAGAGUUGAAGCAGGACAUCAGCAUUCCCGAUUACUGUUGCCUGGGCAAUGGAGAAGAAGAGGAGAUCACUAUCAAUGCCUGGUUUGGUCCACAAGGCACCAUCUCCCCACUGCAUCAGGACCCCCAGCAGAACUUCCUGGUCCAGGUAUUAGGAAGGAAGUACAUCCGGCUGUAUUCUCCGCAAGAGUCUGAGGCAGUGUACCCUCAUGAGACACACAUUCUUCAUAACACCAGCCAGGUUGAUGUGGAAAACCCCGACCUUGAGAAGUUCCCCAAGUUCACUGAGGCCCCAUUCCUGUCCUGCAUUCUGUCCCCAGGAGACACCCUCUUUAUACCUGCUAAGUACUGGCAUUAUGUGCGCUCCCUGGACCUGAGCUUCUCUGUCAGCUUCUGGUGGUCAUAGCCAGGGCCAGACUGGAAAGGACCCUCCAGGCAGACACCUUACCCAAAAGCAGUAAGCCAAGUGUCAGUGUGGGCCCUGGAUGCCGCUAGACUCCGGCAGCCCUGCCCCCAGCCAGGGUCUGUUAAGACAUGUGUGACAGAGUUGCUGUGUACCCACGUGUGUGGCCCACCUGCUGUGUGUGCCCCGUGUGUAAGCUCUCCAGAUUAUGGGUGCUUUUUGUUUUCCUUUGUAACUGCUGGGCUGAGCAUCUGCCUUGCUGCUGGGGUGCCCGAGUGUGGCUGGCAAGCUGCUCAGAGACAACACAAUCUGUAAUAGGGGUUUUCUUGGGUGGAAAACAGCAGGGUCUGGGACAGCUGCUGUGGUUUGCAGUCUUCUGUGUACCCAGGCGUCACUGCCAGUUUACUACGAGGAGUUGGGUCCAUGCUUCCCCUAGAGGCACGUAUGCACCAGGCUGGAAGGGGAGGGCAGCGGAACUGGUUUGGUUCUGAGUGAAUGUGGAGAAUACAGACAAGUAUAUACAGCCUCCCGAGUGCUAGGGUUAAAGGUGUGCGCCACCACUGCCCGGCAACCGAAGAGAUGCUUCUUACUUGUUCAAACUGUUUUAUUUGAUGGUGGAUGUGAAUGCAUACACCUUACUUAGGUGAACCAGGGAUUAAAUACCUCUUGUGGGAAGAAAUGCCUAGGAAGGGAAGCUCAUUGGCUGAACACUCAGAGCCCACUUAGAUACCUCAUUAGCAUGGAGAACUCCAGGGUUUUAUGUUACAGGACUGACUGUCACUUGUUACAUGUUCCAGAUCAGGUAGUUUGGCAGGGAGCUGGCUCUACUCCAGCUGUUCUCAAUUCUGAGAUUUCCCCAGUCUGAGCCUAUUCAACCUUACCAGUUCUUCUGUCUGGUGGCCUGGUCCA